AUGUGCUGUUGCUUCCCUGCUGCCACCAUAGGCUUGCCCUGCCUGUUAGCUCCUCUUCUUUUCACCUCCACGGACCUCUGGUGGCUCAAUGAUCGUCCUGAAAAUGCUCCACUCACACCCUUCCAGCCUGAUUAUUUCAAACGUCUGCAAAGACCACAAGGGCGUUGCACUGUUUGGCAGGCUGGCCAAGCCUGGAAGGACAGCAAGCCUGCCUGGGCUCCCAUUACCCUCAGGCUCUCAAGGGAGGACCCGGGGCGGGUCUCCCGGCCAGGUGUCUUCCCGGUUUCCAGGUUCACGGGCAUUGCGAGGAGGAGGGAAAGGAGAGACCGAAGCCUACUGCACCCGGGUAUCCUGCGGGGACCCGGGGCUGCUCCGGACGCGCCUUUGGCCUCGCUGCCGCCGCGGGAGAGCGGGACUUCCUCCUCUGGGGGCCUGCGCGCGGGCCGGCCGGGCCCCCAGGCGGGGAGGCGGGACCGGGCGCCGGGCGGGCUGCGGGGCCGGCUGGGCCUGGAGGGACGGCGGCGGGGAGGAAGUGGGGCUCGCCGCCUACACCCGCGGCGUCCUCGGCCCGCGGGGCGCUUGCUCUGCCCGACGGCGGCUCGGGGCUCAGUGACUUUUGCAGACUUCCUGACGGCCGACCCCGUGAGAAGUGACAGAGCCCGCGGGGUCGGGAACUGCGGGCCCGGCUGCUUCGGGGAGGGUCACGUCCUGGACGCUUGGCUGAAAGCUCCUUUUGACAAAGCUGUUCAGUUUGGUGGCCGGGCCCUGCACGUCGCCUCCUCCCGCCUACGCGGCGUCCGAAUCCCUGCAUGUGUGUCGGGCUUGUGCAGAAUGUUCCCAAUGCUUUCGGAAUGCAUUGCUCUUGGCUCCUCAGGCAUUCCAACCCUUUUGCCUGGAAACUUCAUGAAGACCCAGCCCUGUGAUGGUUGUGGCCACAUAGUGACCUAUCAGGACAGCGGUACAAUGACAUCUAAGAAUUAUCCUGGGACUUACCCCAAUCACACUGUUUGUGAAAAGACUAUUACAGUACCCAAGGGGAAGCGACUGAUUCUGAGGUUGGGCGAUUUGGAUAUCGAAUCCCAGACUUGUGCUUCUGAUUACCUUCUCUUCACCAGCAGUUCAGAUCAGUAUGGUCCAUAUUGUAAAGGAAGCAUGGCUGUUCCCAAAGAACUCUUGCUGAAUACCAGUGAAGUAACUAUUCGCUUUGAGAGUGGAGCCCACAUUUCUGGGAGGGGUUUUCUGUUGACUUAUGCCAGCAGCGACCAUCCAGAUUUAAUCACAUGUUUGGAACGGGCUAACCAUUAUUUGAAGACAGAGUACAGCAAAUUCUGCCCCGCUGGUUGUAGAGACAUAGCAGGCGACAUUUCUGGGGAUGUGAUAGAUGGAUACAGAGAUACGUCUUUACUGUGCAAAGCCGCCAUCCAUGCAGGAGUCAUUGCAGAUGAACUGGGUGGCCAGAUCAGCGUGCUUCAGAGUAAAGGGCUGCGUCCAUAUGAAGGAGCCUUGGCCAAUGGUGUGCUCUCCAGGGAUGGUUCCCUAUCAGACAAGCGAUUUCAGUUUGCCUCCAAUGACUGCAGUGAAUCCUUGCGCUUGGAACCUAACAGGCAAAUAAGAGCCUCUUCCUCUUGGCAUUGGGUCAAUGAGAUUGGAGAACAAGUUCAUUGGUCUCCUGGCCAGGCCUGGCUUAAGGAUCAAGGCCCAUCGUGGGCUUCAGGGGACAACAGCAACAACCAUAAACAGCGCGAAUGGCUGGAGAUAGAUUUGGGAGAAAGAAAGAAAAUAACAGGAAUUAGGACUGCAGGAUCCACACAGUCAAGUUUCAACUUCUAUGUUAAGAGUUUUGUGAUAAAUUUUAAAAGCAACAACUCCAAGUGGAAGACCUAUAAAGGAAUUGUGAAUAAUGAAAAAAAGGUGUUCCAGGGCAACUCUAAUUUUCAGGACCCGGUAAGAAACAAUUUCAUCCCUCCUAUUGUGGCCAGAUAUGUGCGGGUCAUCCCCCAGACUUGGCACCAGAGGAUAGCCUUGAAAGUGGAGCUCAUUGGUUGCCAGACCACACAAGACAAUAGUUCACUGGUAUGGCGGAAAACAAGUCAAACUACUGGUGUUUCAAUUGAGAAGGAAGAUAAGACAAUCACAAAGCCCACCCCCUCGGAGGAAAUACCCACAGGAGUGAACUUGGCAACCAUCAUUAUUCCGUCCGUGCUCUUGGUCGUCCUGCUGGCUGCUGGAAUGGGCUUCUUUGCAAUCUUCAAAAAAAGGAAGAAGGAAGGAAAUCCUUAUGGAUCAACCGAAACUCAGAAAACAGGCUGUUGGAAGCAGAUUAAGUAUCCUUUCCUCAGGCAUCAGUCAUCAGAAUUUACCAUCAGCUAUGAUAAUGAAAAGGAGAUGACCCAAAAGUUAGAUCUAAUUGCAUGUGAUAUGGCAGAUUACCAGCAACCUCUCAUGAUCGGUACAGGGACGGUCACAAGGAAGGGCUCCACCUUCCGACCGAUGGACACUGACGUGGAUGCAAUGAGCACGGAGGGCGGCAACCACUACGACUGCCCGCACCGGCCAGGUGGCCACGAGUAUGCCCUGCCCUUGACCAACCAAGAGCCUGAGUAUGCAACACCCAUCGUGGAGCGCCACCUGAUGAGAGCCAACACCUUCUCGGCUCGGAGCGGCUACUGCGUGCCCGGCCCUGCACCUACGCACAAACACUCACUGUCCUCCGGCAGCUUCUCCCCUUCCGGAGGCACCAAAGGUGGAGACUAUCACAUGCUCCAGGACCCUGUAGACCGGGCGUAUGAUGAGCCCAAAGCGAACAGCCUCUUCACCGCGGGACACAGUGAUGGUGACUACCAGAGACCACAGAAGAGCCCCGGAGUGAGUGAUGGCUACUCAGCACCCAGAGACUGCCUGACCCCAGUCAACCAGACGGCCAUGACCGCUCUUCUGUGA